AUGUCAGCCAACGAAACCACGCUCAAGAUGACCGUAGUCUACGACAACAGCUCGAGGCUGCUUCAGACCAUGGGCACGAAUCCACAGGGCGUUCUGGACAUCCACUUUGUGCUCUUGUCAUCUUUGUCCAUCGCCGGCAUAGUGGUGAACCUCAUCACGGUCGCAGCACUCUUGCAGAGCCCUCGACUUCGGUCUCGAGCCACCACCGCCUUCGUCCUCAACUUGUCCCUAGCAGAUCUGCUCUUUAGUCUCUUCAACGGGCCCUUGGACUCUGCGGUCUUCUACAACGGCGGUUGGGCGUACGGUCGCGCCUUGUGUGUCUUGACCGCCACCACUCGUCACGUGGCUGUUGGGUGCUCGCUGGCCAGCAUCCAGCUGAUCACGCUGAACCGUUACGUGAGCGUGGUUAGGCCUCGUGCGUACGGCCGAAUCUUCAGUCAGGGCAGCUGCCUGCUGCUCGUCUCUGGAUGCUGGCUGCUGCCGGCAGUGCUGCUCCUGCCGGCCACCUCGGGUCUUUGGGGUCGAAUGGGUUACGAUGCUCUUGAUUGGAGUUGUACCGUGUGUGGUACGGGCUGUGCCGACGCCAAGCCCGUGCUGUACAGAACUGUCCUGUACGUGGGCGCUGGGCUGAUGCCCGUGCUGCUGUUCGCUGUCUGCUACCCGCGGCUCUUCAUGGCGCUCAGGCAUUCGCGUCGGAGGCUCACCUCUCACUACCUAUCCAGCGUCAUGAUGCAGCCUUGGAACGCGGCACCUCCGAGCUCGAUGCUGGACGUGUCCUCGCUGGGCGUUCGCUCCAACUCGCUGACGUCGGCGGCGUGCCGGGAACGGCAGCUGCUCCUCAUGCUGGCGGCCAUCUUGGUCUCCUUCGGCGUCUGCUACCUGCCCCUGCUGCUCACUGUCGGCCUCGGCUUGGGCUCCGGCCGGCCCUGGCUGCGGCUAGUCAUCCACGGCGCCUUCUACGCCGCGCCCUGUCUCAAUCCGCUCGUGUACGUGGCCAUGAGUAGGGACUACCGAAGGGCGUACAAGGCGCUCUUUUGCGGUGUCCAGCCGGCAAGGAGGGGCUCUGAGAGCGAGCUCAACCACAAUAACGUCGGCUUCUGAGACCCGCAGCAAUCAGAGUGCACGCCGUGGACAAACGAGACUUUUAUGAGUGGACCUAAUGAACUGAACAGCGAGUUGGUGCACCUAGAAAACGAAGCCUUCGUGUGACGUCACCGUUAGUCGUCCGCUUUUGCGUCGCCGCAUGCUAGCGACACGCUCGUUUUGAGACGCAGCUCGACGCGCGGUCGGCGAUGCUACUGAUGACGUCACGCGAAGGCCGCGUUUGAU